CGRACAUCGGAAGGCCCUUACCGGUCGAUUUGUUGUGGCCGUAACACAUUUCUCUGUCCUUCAGCAGGAAAAUGUACUAUAAAUUAAGCGGUUUUACUCAGAAAUUGACGGGAUCUUCUCCCGCGGUUGCAUACAACCCUCAGGGACUACAAAAAGGGGUUCCUGCUGAGCCCCCUGCCAUGAUCUUUGCUACACCCCCCAAGGUGUUGUCAGAAGAAGGGUUCACAGUGCGGCACAUGGAAGGAAACAGGGUUCCGGACCUCCAGAAGCUUUUCCAGACACCAGACGGCAGACCYGUUCAUUUAAAGCGCGGAUACCCCGACAGGCUACUGUACCGCACCACCAUGGCCCUCACGAUUGGAGGCGUCGCUUACUGCCUGGUGGCUCUUUACAUCGCCGCCCAGCCWAAGAAAAACUGACCAACCCAACGCGGACCUUUCCUGUGCGUUUUGUGACUUGUUGCUGCUGCAAUCCKGCAAACAUCCACAGCCUCGGUCCGUUUCCAAUGGGCCACCUGUUGGGACUCUUGAGAAUUUAUCCAUUUUGCACAGUGGCUCUCUAAUAAGAGAGCUUGGUGACCUCACGGUGGGGUGAAAACGACCAUCAGAUUACGUUAAAGGACUUAAUGAUAAUAAAGUAAUUUUUCCUCAUUUAUUCUUUUUAUUUUAAUCCACUAAAAGUCAAUUUUAAAUUGUUUAUAAAUCACUUUUUAUUAUUGCCAGUGAUUCAUUAAAAACAAGAUAUGUGUUACUGGGUUGUUUAGAUCCCCAAUUUUUGAGAAACACUGCACUAAUAGGACAUCAAACCAAUGAUAAUUUGAAGUUUAAGUUUUUCUUCUUYAUUGUGUGUCUGAAACACUCAGCAGAGGUGUCAUUAAUUCUAACUGACUGACAGAAGUGUGAGCUGAAUAUAUGAAACCAUACGACUGUCAUCAGCAGCAUGAUGAGACCACCGUCUGGGGGAGGGCUGUUACUCACUUGGCUAAUGUACUGCCUGUGUGUGUGUGUGUGUGUGAGUUGUAGCGGGCGAUAUGCAUUCCUUCAAGGAAUAAAAACCUGUUUUGUUAGGCUGAUUUAUUGCAACUAAGUCUCAUUCUGGUUUCAUUAAACGGCCGUCGAUUUCUCCAUUUAAAGGAGUGUUUUUAGGAUUGUUUCAGCGAGACACUAUUCAUCCGCUGUCCUCGACAUCUUCAGAGCCCAAGAGCUGUUGUGAAAGGAAACUGGAUCAUGAGAGUGAURUUCCUGAUCACUGUGCAUGAGUGACCCUGGUGAAGAUAUAUCAAGUAUAAAAAAUACAUGAAUAUAAAAUA